UUUUAGAAAUAAUUAUUAACAAGCAUCCUACAAAUACCUUUUAUUAUUAUUAAUAAUUAUUUAAAAUUUUGUUUUAUGCUAUAUAAUUUUAUAAUAACAUGGAUGAAAUGUGUUUAGAUUUCAAUGAAAUCAUCUCCAAAUCACAGCUGGUUGAUAUCCUCAAUGAAUCAAUGAGUAGCUGUAAUUUUACUGAGGAGUUAAUUAAUGUAACUUGUCUCCAAAAUGAUAUACUCCAUGAAGAUUUCGAGUGGAAUGAAACGACAUGGAUUGAAGAUGGCAAUGGGUUAUCCCCAUUUAAAGGUUCUAGUCAUAUUAGAGAAAAUUAUGAGAUGACAAAACCAACAAUAAUUGAAGAUUUUAUCAAUGAAGUUGACUGUUUUGAUGAAAGUUUCGAAAGACCAAAUAAUUUUUAUGGGCUCCCUAAUGAAGUCGAACAGUUGAUUAAAAAAGUUAGAAAUAUCACUGAUCUUUAUGAUUGGCAGCAUGAAUGUUUGAGCUUAAAUGCAAUCAAGGAACGUCGAAAUUUAAUUUAUGCUUUACCAACGAGUGGAGGGAAAACUCUCGUAGCUGAAAUACUCAUGUUAAAAGAACUUUUAUGUAAUAAAAGAAACGCUAUAUUCAUUCUUCCAUAUGUUGCAAUUGUACAGGAAAAAAUUCAAUCGAUGACUUCAUUUGCUUUAGACUUAGAUUUUUUAAUUGAAGAAUAUGCAGGGGGAAAAGGUCAAUAUCCCCCAGUUAAAAGACGAAGAAAGAAUACUAUUUAUAUUUGUACAAUUGAAAAAGCUUCGGGUUUAGUAAACAGUUUAAUGGAAGUUGGUAGAUUACAAGAGAUUGGAUUAGUUGUUGUUGACGAGCUGCAUUUAAUUGGUGAAAAUGGUGGUAGAGGUGCUACUCUAGAAGGACUUCUAACCAAAUUAAUUUAUUCAAGUGAGAAUAUUCAAAUAGUUGGUAUGAGUGCAACUAUAGGCAAUCUUGAAGAAAUUGCUAAAUUUCUAAAAGCUGAUUUAUAUACACAGAAUUUUAGACCUGUUCAACUCAAAGAGUACAUUAAAUGUGGUGAUAGUUUGUGGGAAAUUGAUCCUCGAGAAGAAGAUUUAUUCAUAGAUGAAAAAAAAAUAAAUUAUCCGUAUUCUGAUAGUGCCCGUCAAAUAGAUCCUGAUAAAAUUGGAGGUUUAGUAAUGGAUGUAGUACCUCAACAUUCAUGCUUAAUAUUUUGUGCUAGUCGUAAAAACUGUGAAAAUGUAGCUUUACUAUUAACUCGGGUACUAUUAAAAUCGUUAAAAAGUCAUAAAAUCGAAGAAAAACAAAAAUUACUAAGUGAUUUGAAAGCUGAAGCUGAUGUUUUAUGUCCAAUUUUGUUUAAAACCAUUCAAUAUGGAGUAGCUUAUCAUCAUUCAGGAUUAACUAAUGAAGAAAGACGACUGAUAGAAGAUGCCUUCCGGGAAGGUGUUAUAUCAGUUAUUUGUUGUACGUCUACUUUGGCUGCGGGUGUUAAUUUGCCAGCAAGACGAGUCAUUUUAAGAAGUCCGUAUAUUGGAAAUGAAUUUUUGAAUCUCAGUCGAUAUAAGCAAAUGAUCGGAAGAGCUGGACGAACUGGCAUGGGAGAAAUAGGCGAAAGUAUAGUUAUUUGUCAAUCAUCAGAUAUUCCUAAGAUACGGGAGCUUUUAACGUCAAAGAUCGAAGAUUGUGUGAGUACAUUGAACGUAGAAGAAGAUCGUGGAAUAAAUAACUUAAUAUUGAGUUCUGUAAUGUUGUCACUGGCCACAACUCGAAAUGAACUACAAAACUUGAUACAAUCAUCACUUUUAAAUGUUCAGGCAUCAAAAUUAAAUAUCAACAUAAAAGAAUGUACAGAUAAUGCUAUAAUUAAACUCAUUAAAGCUCAAGUAUUAAAAAUAAAAUAUAAGCCAUGUUAUCAAUCAAAUAUGGCUGUGCAUAUUCAAUCUCAAAUGGAUAAUGAAUCAAAUUCAGCGAAAAAAUCAAUUGUUAUUACAGCUACUAGUAAAUUAGAAUUAUCAACUUUAGGAAAAGCAGCUAUGAAAGGAUGUCUUGAUUUGGAAUUAGCGAGAAUUCUUUACAGAGAUUUAAAGACUGCUCAAAAACAUUUAAUUUUAAAUAAUGUUCUUCAUUUGUUAUACCUUGUUACACCUUAUGAAUUAGCUAAUCAGUUGAGACCAGUCGGUUGUGUAUAUUAUGACGCGGUGAUUAAUCUAUCUCCACCACAGAUGGAGGUCGCAAAAAUUCUAGGAAUUGAUGAAGUAGCAAUCAUGAAAAUACGAGAUGAAAAAAUGCCGAAGAAUGUUGAGCAAAGAGUAAUAAAUAGAUUUUAUUUAACACUGAUUUUGUAUGAAAUAUGGCAACAUCAAUCAAUGUAUACUGUUGCAGAAAAAUAUCAAGUAAAUCGAGGUCUUAUACAAAAUUUAUUGACAUCUGCUGCAUCUUUUUCAAUGUCUAUUGUUCGAUUAUGUCAGGAAUUACCCGAAUUUUGGGUUUUCACAGAUUUAUUUACAUCAUUUCAUAAAAAGUUAACUUAUAGCAACUCUACAGAGCUUCAAAGUUUAAUGGAACUACCAGCAGUGAAAAUAGGUCGUGCACGACAACUAUACAAUGCAGGAUAUAAAACUUUGCAAUCUAUCGCUACAGCAAAUCCUAUAGAAUUACAAGGAAAAGUAAAAAAUUUAUCAAAAAAAAUAGUUACCCGGAUAAUUGAUGCUGCAAAUCUUUUAUUAUUAGAGAAAAUGGAGAACCUCAAAGAGGAAGUGGCUGAAAUGAUGGAAGGUUUAGAUACCUGUCAACGAUUUACUCAAAAUCUACUUAAAUAGACUGAGAUUUUUUUUUAGAAAUAUAUAAUUAAUUAAUUUAAUAGAAAUGAAAAAUAUGAAUCAUUGUACUAAAUACUCAUAACGUAAAACGAAUUAUUAAUACAUAAAAAUGCAAUAUUUUUUUUAUAACGAUUUUGAAUAAUAAUUAUAUAAUAUGGUGUGCUCAUCAGAUCAAUAUAUUCGAAGCACAAUAUAUUGUUUAAGCGAGCACAUAGAUGAAAUAAUUAAUUCACACUAUUGAUAGACACAUUUAAAGUAAUUGUGAAGAUCUCAUCAAUAAUAUGUGAUACAUUUUUGUACUCUUUUUUACAAUUCUUUAUUUAUAAAAAUAAUUAAAAUUACCUUUUUUUAUACAAA